AUGGUGAAACGGGCAAAGGCGGCGCCGUCGCAAUUAUUGGUGGAAACUGAUGAGCUACCGCCAGCGGGGUUUGUCGUAUCUAGUGACAAAGUCAUUGCUUACUUACAAACGAAAACGUCAUCACAAACAGGGUCUACACAAUUGGAACUAAUCAUGACUCGCUCCGAAAUUGCCGUCCUUGCAGAACACGGAAUUGAUAAGUUGACGACUAUAUUUGCUGACGUGAACGAUGUGCGUAUUGUUCAACCAUCUGCGGGUGCUUACGAAGGCACAGUGCUGAUUUAUGGGAGUCACACCGGUACCAGUAAGCUCGCGACAUAUAUCGCCUACCUCCUCGCUGUGGCCAAUAAUAUUCAUAAACAAGCGUUGACCUUAAAGCUGACUACCUACAGACUAUUAGUGGUGGCUAAAGAAGUGCCUGAGGGGCUGCCGGGACUCACUAUCGACGCCGAUACGAUUUUCGACACUCAGACACCAACCACGAUAAUCGAUGUCCAGGGAGACUUUUCCAGUCUCUUCACUUUCCUCUGUGCUAUUCGACACGCUGAUUAUAAGCCUGAGGCUGUAUUUGGCGUGCACGUGGACUCGUUGCUUUAUCUGAGGAGUGCUGAUUUACAAGCAAAACUUGAAGCGCUGAAACAACACCAAAUCGCCUGA